CUUCUACACAGUCACUGCUCUCACCUACAGAGAGGAAGAGAUUAACUGGACUGACUGAGUGGAGGAGCGAUGGGACAGACAGCUUUUCUGCUCUUGCUGAUCUCUCUGCUGAGCUGCAGGACCAGCGGAGCCUCUCUGACUGUGAGUCCCAGCAGCUCUCAGCUGUUUGAAGGAGAGUCUGUCUCUCUGAGCUGUGAGGAGGACGACAGCUCUGCUGGAUGGACACUGAGGAGGAACACAACCAGAGAAACCAGGACUCAGUGUGGAGCUGGCUGGGGAAGAUCAGCUGGUUCUUCCUGUAAGAUCAGCUACUUCGUCCCAUUGGACAGUGGAGUUUACUGGUGUGAGUCCAGAGAUGGAGCAACCAGUAACACCAUCAACAUCACUGUCACUGGUGGACCAGUGAUCCUGCAGAGUCCUGUCCUCCCUGUGAUGGAGGGACAUGAUGUCACUCUGCACUGUAAAACAGAGACCCCUCCCUCCAACCUCCCAGCUGGUUUCUAUAAAGAUGGCUCCCUCAUCAGGACUGAGCCUACAGGUCACAUGACCAUCCACCAUGUUAACAAGUCUGAUGAAGGCCUCUACAAGUGUAACAUCAGCGGUCGUGGAGAGUCUCCAUCCAGCUGGAUCUCUGUCACAGGGAAACCCACCACUACACGUCCUCCUACGUCCACCUGUCUUUCUUCAUCACCAGCUCCUCCUCCUCCCUCUGUGAUGCUGUGGUCUGUUCCUCUGUCC